UUCCGUUCGCUCUUCUUCUUUGCUACUCGGUUCGAUGCCUUCUUAAUCGUCGCCGGCUGCGCCUUUAUGGUCGGAUUCGGAGCACUGCAGAUUCUCGCCCUGGUGACGUUUGCCGACUUCUUCGACUUGAACUCGACCACAAACUACUACGACCUCGGGAUCAUGCUCCUCGUCAACAUGACGUACUGGGGCCUGGGCAUCGGCGGUUGCCAAGGCAUCGCGGCGCUGCUGCUCGACUAUUCCAAGAACCGUCAGAUCACGCGUUGGAAGAAGGAGUACCUAAAGUCGAUCCUCCGGCAGGACGUCGGCUGGUAUGACGUCAACCAGCCGCAGGAGCUCUCGACGCGCAUGGGCGAGUCCAUCGUCCACAUCGAGAAGGCGCUUCACCUGUCCAACGCCAACAUCUUCACCACCAUCGGGUCCAUCACCGUGGGGCUCUACAUCUCGCUGCGCGAGUCGUGGGCUGUCGCCCUCGUCACGCUCGCCGUGGCCAUCGUCGCCUACCUGCCUUCCAUCUCGCUGCUCCUCUACUACCUCGAGCAGCGCACCAAGCUCCUGGCCGACGCGUACGCAGGCGCCGGCGGCGUAGCCUCCGAGGUGCUCUCGUCGAUCCGCACGGUCGCGUCGCUCGGCCUCGAGGAGAGGUCUCUGCAGCGGUACGACGCCAACCUCGCCAACGCCGAGCGCGCCGCCAUCCGCCUCUCGACCAAGAUCUUCGCCGCCCUCUCCACGAUGAACGCGUCCUUCUACUACGUGAUGGCUUCUGGGAUUCUGCUGGCGUGCCAGCUGCUCGUCUCCGACGUCGAGUGCGCGCUGGGGCUCGGCGCCAUCUACCUCGCCACGCAGGCCGUCUUCCAGGGCGCCACGCAGCUCUCGCAGCUGGCGGGGCCCGUGCAGGCGCUGAUCAAGGGCGUCACGGCGUGCCGCACCGUGCUCGAGGUGGUGGCGCGCGUGCCGACGAUCGACGCCUUCUCGGAGGAGGGCCUCACGGUCGUGCUCAAGGGCGCCAUCGAGGUGAAGGACGUCACCUUCGCCUACCCCACCGCGCCCCGCCACCUCAUCUGCAUUGGGUACUCGCUGAGUAUCCCGGCGGGCACCUCGUGCGCGCUGGUCGGCCCGUCGGGUGCGGGCAAGUCGACGCUCAUCCAGCUGCUCGAGCGGUACUAUGACCCGCUCUCGGGGUCGGUGCUCAUCGACGGCGUCGACCUCAGGGCGAUGAACGUCAAGGCGCUGCGCCGGCAGAUCGGGCUGGUCGGGCAGGAGCCGAUGCUCUUCAUGGGCACCAUCGCGGAGAACAUCGCGCUCGGCAAGGACAAGGCGACCCGCGAGGAGGUGGAGGCCGCGGCGCGCGCGGCGAACGCGCACGACUUCAUCGUCAAGAGCCUCGGCGACGGCUACGACACCCAGGUGGGCCUGGGCGGCGGCAAGCUGUCGGGCGGCCAGAAGCAGCGCAUCGCCAUCGCGCGCGCCGUCAUCAAGCAGCCGGCGAUCCUGCUGCUCGACGAGGCGAUGUCGGCGCUCGACAACGCGAGCGAGCGCAUCGUGCAGGCGUCGCUCGACGACAUCAUGAAGAAGAGCCACUUCACGUCGGUCACGGUGGCGCACCGGCUGACGACGAUCAAGCACUGCGACAAGAUCGCCGUCGUCCAGAAGGGCGUCAUCGUGGAGGAGGGGACGUACGACGACCUGCUCGCCAUCGGGGAGGGCGGCGUCUUCCACGGCCUCGCCGCCAAGCAGGAGGCGAACCAGGCCAAGGACGUCGAGGUGAUGCGCGUGGCGGCGGAGGCCUCGCAGGUGAAGGACUCCGUCAGCGUACGCCACGCGGAGUUGGUGAAGGGGCUCAAGGCGCUGCACCAGACGAGCUCGAUCGGGGCGUCGCUCGGCAUCGUCGAGGCGGCGGUCGAGAUGGCGGAGGAGGAGGCUGCGGCCGCAGCGGCGGGCCAGAAGAAGCAAGGGCCGGUGCGGCGGCUGCUCCAAAUGUCGCCAAAGAGCGACCGCUACCUCUACGUCAUCGGCGUGUCGUGCGCCGCGGUCACGGGCAUCGUGCAGGGCUUACUCGGCUGGCUCUUCGUCCGCUCGCUCAUGGCGCUGAGCUACCCGUCGCCCGACAAGGUCGAGUCGGAGGGCGUGCUGUGGGGCCUCAUCUUCAUCGGCGUCGGCCUCGGGCAGCACGCCUUCGAGUUCAUCUCAAGGAAGACCCUCGGCAUCACCGGCGAGCACUUGACGACGGCGCUGCGCACCACGCUGAUGGCCAAGCUGCUGCGGAUGGAGGUCGGCUACUUCGACUACGAGGCCAACACGAUGGGCGCGCUGACCGAGUUCCUGGGCGCGAGGGUGGCCCUCGUGCAGGGGCUCGUCGGCGAGCAAUUCGGCGCAAUCACAAAGUUCCUCUUCUUGAUCGGCACGAUGCUCUUCACCAUGUUUUACUUGGGCGACUGGCGCGUCGCGCUGGUCACGCUCGGCUGCCUUCCGAUCAUGGGCGUCACUAUGGGCAUCGCGAUGCAGGCGGCCAUGCCGCUGGACCAGGCAAAGCAGGCGAGCAAGGACAACGACAACGAAGUCAAGAAGUCGGCGGGCGCGGUGAUUGGCGAGGUGGUGCUCGGGAUCCGGACCGUCGCCUCCUUCAACGCCGAGGUCAAGUUCUACGAGGACUACUGCAAGCAGAUGGACAAGCUGCUCGCGGUCGGGAAGCGCAAGGCGGUGCAGGCGGGCGUGGGCCUCUUCCUCGCCUUCGCCAUCGUCUGGCCGAUGGUGGGCGCCCAGAUCUUCUACGGGCUGUGGCUCGCGUCGGUCGGGGCGCUCGGUGCGGCCGAGGCCGGCUGCGACAGCUCGUCGAUGCUCACCAAGAUCUUGGUGCCAAUCUUCGCGACGAUGAUGGUCACCAUGCUGGCCUCGGGUCACGCCAUGAUGGCCACCGACGCAAAGGCCGCGGCCAAGGCCGCCAAGGAGCUCUUCCAACGUUUCGACCAGGUGUCGCUGAUCGAUCCCACCUCGGCCGAGGGCGCGCGGCUGCCGGCUGUGCGCGGCGAGAUCUCGGUCCGCGACGUCGUGUUUGCCUAUCCGACGGCUCUCGACCGGCCUGCCUGCCGCGGCUACUCCCUCGAGAUUGAGGCGGGGCAGACGGUCGCGCUGUGCGGCCCGAGCGGCUCAGGCAAGAGCACGAUCGUCGCGCUGCUGCAGCGCUUCUACGACCCGCAGGCGGGCGCCGUGCUGCUCGACGGCGCAGACAUCCGCAGCCUCAACCUGCGGUGGCUCCGCCAGCAGAUUGGGAUGGUGGGGCAGGAGCCCGUGCUGUUUGAGGGCACGGUGGCCGAGAACAUCGGCUACGGCAAGGAGGGCGCCACGCAGAGCGAGAUCGAGGAGGCGGCGGUCGCGGCCAACGCGCACACCUUCAUCACGAACGACCUCGGCGACGGCUACGCCACCCAAGUGGGGCUGCGCGGCGGGCAGCUCUCCGGGGGGCAGAAGCAGCGCGUCGCCAUCGCGCGCGCGCUGGUGCGAAAGCCCGCCAUCAUGCUGCUCGACGAGGCGACGAGCGCGCUCGACAACGAGAGCGAGCGCAUCGUGCAGGCAGCGCUCGACGAGCUCAUGGCCAAGCAGAAGCGCACGACCAUCACGAUCGCGCACCGGCUCUCGACCAUCCGCAAUGCCGACAAGAUCGCCGUGGUGAGGCGCGGCAAGGUCGUCGAGCAGGGGACCCACGACGAGCUGCUGCAGAUUGGCCCCGGCGGCGUCUACUUUGACCUCGUCGGGCAGCAGUGAUGGAACGGAGGGCGCGGGCUCGGGCCGUGCGGUGCGGGUGUUUAUUUUACACAUGGUGCUUCUGAUGAGUU